GCUCGUCGCGGCACCGAGCCGCCGGCAGCAACGCCUGCGAGCCAGUGACGUCUCACGCUGGCGGAGCGGUCCUCACUCCCCGUCCAUGGACGCACUUUCAGCGUGGCGUGGACGGGCAGGGGGAUGCCGCGCCGCGCCGUGGACCGAACCGUGAAUUGGGGGCGCGAGACCCCUCGGGGCCCGGCGCCGGUUGGUUAUGGGAAUACCUCAUGAGCUAUUCGAAGAAAAACUAGAAGCCAUGAAAGUUACAAAAGGGUUGCGAAACGAUACUGAGCUGAAUGUCAAGGAUCUGGAAGACCUUGUAGCUGAAUAUAAGGAUGUUUAUGUGGUGACCAAAGGUGAACAGUUUCCCUCAGAUCCAAAAAGGCAGUUGCAUUUGGCAAUCUUGGCUGUUUUUGAUUCAUGGGACAGUACUAGAGCAAAAAAGUACAGAAGCAUUAAUCGGAUUACUGGAUUGAAGGGCACCGCUGUGAAUGUUCAGUGCAUGGUAUUUGGCAACAUGGAUAGCACAUCAGGCACUGGUGUUCUCUUUACUAGGAACCCUAGUACCGGAGAGAAGAAACUUUAUGGAGAGUUCCUUGUCAAUGCUCAGGGUGAGGAUGUGGUUUCUGGAAUUAGAACUCCACAAGAACUUGAUUCAAUGAAGGAGUGCAUGCCAGAGCCUUAUGCAGAACUUGUCGAGAACUGCAAAAUCUUGGAAAGACAUUAUAAAGAAAUGAUGGACAUUGAGUUCACUGUUCAAGAAAACAGACUUUGGAUGCUUCAGUGCAGAACAGGUAAGCGUACCGGCAAAGGUGCAGUAAAGAUUGCUGUAGACAUGGUCAAUGAGGGCCUGAUUGACCAUCGCUCGGCAAUUAAGAUGGUGGAACCACGACACUUGGACCAGCUUCUUCAUCCUCAGUUUGAGAACCCAUCAUCAUAUAAAGACAAAGUCAUUGCUGCGGGCCUACCUGCAUCACCAGGAGCUGCUGUAGGUCAGAUUGUCUUCACAGCUGCUGAUGCUGAAACAUGGGAUUCAGAAGGAAAAUCUGUUGUUUUGGUAAGGACUGAGACCAGCGCGGAGGAUGUUGGUGGCAUGCAUGCAGCUGUUGGAAUUCUCACAGCCAGAGGUGGUAUGACUUCUCACGCCGCAGUUGUAGCACGUGGCUGGGGAAAAUGUUGUGUGGCAGGAUGCUCAAGUAUCCAUGUAAAUGAUGCUGAGAAGGUGGUAGUGGUUGGAGACAAGGUGCUUUGUGAAGGUGAUUGGUUAUCACUGAAUGGAUCAACUGGAGAGGUUAUUUUGGGCAAGCUACCUCUAUCCCCGCCAGCACUUAGUUCUGAUUUGGGAACAUUCAUGUCUUGGGUGGAUGAAAUUAAACAACUAAAGGUCAUGGUCAAUGCAGACACUCCCGCAGAUGCACUGGCUGGAAGGAAAAAUGGUGCUGAAGGGAUUGGGUUGUGCAGAACUGAACACAUGUUCUUUUCUUCUGGCGAGAGGAUUAAGGCCAUGAGACAGAUGAUAAUGGCAGAUACUGCUCUACAGAGGCAAGAAGCAUUAGGCCUUCUCCUGCCAUAUCAGAAAACAGACUUUGAAGGGAUUUUUCGUGCGAUGGAUGGCCUUCCUGUAACUAUUCGGCUCUUGGAUCCUCCACUUCAUGAGUUCCUUCCAGAGGGUAACAUUGAGGAUGUUGUCCACAUGUUAUCUUGUCACACUAAUUCUACUCAUGAGGAAAUCCUUGCAAGGGUUGAAAAACUUUCUGAAGUGAACCCGAUGCUGGGUUUCCGUGGGUGCAGACUUGGUAUAUCAUACCCAGAACUGACGGCAAUGCAAGCCCGUGCUAUCUUUGAAGCUGCUAUUGCUGUGAAUGACCAAGGUUUCCAAGUUUUCCCUGAGAUAAUGGUUCCUCUUGUUGGAACACCUCAGGAACUUGGCCAACAGGUGAGCGUGAUCCGCCAAGUUGCUGACAAGGUUUUUACCAACGCAGAAACAACUAUUAGAUACAAAAUUGGGUCCAUGAUCGAGGUUCCGAGGGCAGCUCUUAUAGCUGAUGAGAUAGCAGAGCUGGCAGAAUUCUUCUCAUUUGGGACAAAUGACCUCACACAGAUGACAUUUGGUUACAGCAGGGAUGACAUUGGCAAGUUUCUCCCAAUCUACAUGUCCCAGGGUAUUCUCCAGCACGACCCAUUUGAGGUGCUUGACCAGAAGGGAGUCGGGGAGUUGGUUAAGAUUGCCACUGAGAGGGGCCGAAGUUCAAGGCCUGAUUUGGAGGUGGGCAUUUGUGGUGAACAUGGUGGCGAGCCUUCUUCAGUUGCAUUUUGUGCGAAGGCUGGACUGGACUAUGUUUCUUGUUCGCCUUUCAGGGUCCCAAUUGCAAGGUUAGCCGCUGCACAGGCACAGGCGGCCCUCUGAUGAGCUUGAAUCUGUGAAGCUCCUCCGCAAGCAGUCGUGUUGGUGCGUCCUGUAGAUAUAUAAUGCACAGAUGGGCACCUCUUGAAUGGUUGCUUGAGGCAUGUCUCCCAAAACGUUGGGAUGUCAGCGUGCCAAUGUUCACAGGUUGUACAAUAGCUCGUUUGCCUGCGGCGCUGUUAAAAAGGCUAGGGAAUAGUAAGAUGCCAUCAUUUACACAGGGUUAAAAUGAGUUUCAGAAAGCA